AUGUCCAUCAUAAGCAAGAACGUCGCUCUGGCCGGAGCUCUAGCGCUCGCUAGCAAGGCUGCCGCUCACGGCAUUGUCACAGGCAUCGUUGCCGAUGGUCAAUACAACCUGGGGUACGACCCCGCCUUCCAAUACCAACGUCCACCACCAACUGUCGCUGGAUGGUCCAUCCCUACUGUGCAAGACCGUGGCUUCGUCACAGAUCUCAACGGUCCCGACAUCAUCUGCCACAAAAGCGCGACACCUGGCGGUGCAUACGUCAAGAUCGCUGCCGGUGGGACAUUGGAGUUCCAAUGGACAGAAUGGCCAGAGUCUCACCAUGGACCUAUGAUCGACUAUCUGGCUCCUUGCCCGAGCGGCGACUGCACUAGCGUCGAGAAGACUGACUUGAAGUUCAUCAAGGUAGCUGAAGCUGGUCUUGUCAACGGUUCGCCGGCUCCUGGAAAAUGGGCAUCUGAUGACAUGAUUGCCAACAACAACACCUGGAGCGUCAAAGUUCCAGCAGAUAUUGCACCUGGCAAGUAUGUCUGGCGACAUGAGACCAUUGCUCUGCACUCUUCUCAUGAGGAGCAUGGAGCCCAACCAUACCCUCAGUGUGUCAACGUGGAGAUCACCGGUUCUGGUACCAAUGAACUGUCAGGUGGCAUCUCUGCUACAGAGUUCUACUCGUGGACCGAUCCGGGCAUCUUUCUUAACAUCUACUACCCAGCUUUGACCUCCUACGAAAUCCCGGGCCCACCUCUGAUGGAAGGUGGCAGCUCUGACGGCUCUGAGCCUUCUACGCCUAGCCCCUCUAGCACUGGUCCACCGUAUGGAAAUUCUACCGCUACCUCAACCAGCACGACCUCCGCUGGUCGACCUCGUCCCACUGGCAAGCCCGGUGGCGCUGACAAGCCCACCACGACCACGGCUCCAGUUGAGGCCACCGAAAGCGUCAAGCCCAUUACCAAGUCACCUGAGGCUACCGAGCAGCCUCCUGCCCCUACCGGCAGCGCUGGAGAGCCACCACAGGGUCCUCCUUCGCCGCCAACAGGCGGCUCUCAACCACCGCCACCACCACCGUCGAAGCCUGACACUCCAGCAGUCUCAUUCACGAGCACCUUCACCGGCCGCAUCGGCAAGCCAACCAAAUUCACUUGUUAUUUGGAAGAGGACUAG